GAGGGUACUUUCUAUGAUGUCGAGACUCACAUUGGCACUUGUGGUAAGCAAAGCCAAAACAGUGAUAAGGUAUGUGCUCUCAAUGCUGAGGAUAUGGGUGAAGGUGGUAGCGAAAAUGAAAAGUGUGGUAAAUCCAUUGAAGUCGUCGGUCCUUCUGGUAAAACCGUCACCGUCACUGUUGUUGACAGCUGUAAAACCUGUAAAGCCGGCGGUCUUGAUCUUAGUCCUGCUGCAUACGAAGAACUUGGCGAAUUCAGCCAUGGUUCUAUUCCAAUUAAAUGGAAAUACACAUAA